AAGAAGACCGGAGAAGUGUUGGCUGAUGGUAUGCAAAAAGUUGAAGAUAAAGCACCAAAUGUUGAUAGCGUUGGAGAUGCUGCAUCUAAAGCAAACAAGAAGACUGGAGAAGUAUUGGCUGAUGGUAUGGAAAAGGCUGAGAAGGUUGUUCCAACUGCUAGUAAGGCCGAUGCUAAGAAGAAGGUUGAUGAAAAUGUCAAAGGGUAUGACAAUUUACAACAUAAAGGAAGUAAUGUUGAGACUGAGCAAAAUCGUCCUGAUGAUGCCGUAUAA